CCCCUUUACCCCCUUUGUGAUCACACAUCGACAGGGCACCAUCCUGUGACCCCUUGCCUGGAGUUCCCUUGGAGAUUUGCGUGUUAAAAAAAUAAUUUUCUUACAGCCACCAACUUUCUUUUUCUCCAUGUUUAAAGAGAAAAAAAAAAUGUUAUGGUGUAUAAAUUCGUUCUGGCUCUUUUGGGUGAAGUUUGAGAAAGAAGAAGAGUGAAGAAGAAUGAAAAAAAAUUAAAAUGUGUGUGACAUUUGGAGCGAUAACCACAAGUAUAUGUACAUAAAAUAUGUGUGCAAUAAGUGAAGAAGAGAGUCAAUGGGGUUUAUAAGAAAAUCCCUAACUAGGUGUUCUAUUUCUAAUAUCUUCUUAAAGUUUUUUUUAUUUUUGGAAGAGUUCCCCUUACUUAUUGGAAUUCUCGUGAAUUCUAAGUUCUAACUACAUACAUACAAUAUAAGUUCUUCUGGCAUUGAAGAUUUCCUUUUUCAACUAUAUGUGAAAAACUUUCAAAAAAGGCGCUGGAGUGUGUUUUGCGAGGCUAUGAGGGCCUCAGGCCCAUGGGGUCCCAGUCCGUGAGUGCACUGGCCCGUUGCACGGAGAACGGCUGAACGGUGAUCACAUGAUGUGGAUGCCGUUGGGACGGCCAUGUUGGCAUCCACGGACAAAGUGUGACUGUGGUGCUCGCCGCCAGCAGCAUUGGCGCUCGCGGCGGCCCCAGUGCCGAGUGGGCAAGUGGACGAAAUUGAGCGAAGAGUGACGAUUACUAAAUACAAGAAAAAAAAAUAAAAGAAAAUUUAAAAGAAGAAAAAUAUAAAACUUAAAGAAGAGGUUUUAACAAAAAAAAAAAAGAAAAGAAAAGGAGUUUAAGUGAAAAUUUUGAGGUGCUUUCUGUGAUUUUCUUAACCCAAGUGUGUGUGUAGUAUCGUCAAAAGUGAUAGAUAAUUGAGAGAAAAAAAACCCGGAAAAAAGGGUGUUUAUAUCUCAAUUGUAAUUUUGCCAUCCCAAUUAAUUGUGCGGUGUUUGGAGCAACGAUUAUGCCACAUACGAGCCACGCGUCCCAUGCCGGACAUCCUGGUGCGUCCACUGGUGACGACUUGGGCAGUACGGACGAAGUGAAAGUGUUCAAAGAUGAAGGGGAUAGGGAAGAUGAAAAGAUUUCAUCGGAAAAUUUACUCGAGGAAAAGUCAAGUCUCAUUGAUUUGACGGAGAGUGAGGAGAAAAGUGCCAAAAAUUCCAUUAGGCCCGAUCAUAGUCCUGUUUUUGGAAAAGUCGAGCCUCAUGCAUCAACAUUCAACAUGGGAUACCUCGUGUCGCCGUAUUCAUAUACAAAUGGAGCCGCUGGUGGCCUUCCCGUCUCAAUGGCCAACAAGAUGGGACUACCGCCAUUCUUUUGCCACAAUGGAGACCACCUAACGACACCCCCGCCGGCCCACUGCGGAAUCCCACCGUACCAACUCGAUCCCAAGGCGAUAGGCUUGACCCGUCCGGCGAUCUACUCAUUUCCGACUAGUCAGUAUGCGUAUCCAAUGCUGAGUCCCGAUAUGUCGCAAGUGGCGUCGUGGCACACGCCCUCCGUUUAUUCGGCUGCAUCGGGCUUCAGGAGUCCCUACCCUUCGUCGCUACCUAUAAAUACCUCCCUUUCUAGCGACUUCUCCUUCCGCUUCUCACCAACGAGCCUCCUGCCGAGUGUACACACACCUCCGCACCAUGUCCUUAAUUCUCAUCCCGCCAUAGUGACACCUGGUCCAAAACAGGAAGUCACCCAAGACACCAACCACCGAUACAGGUCAGUGGAUCAGAAAAGUAUAGGAGCGAGUAGUUCGGUAAGUGGCGCCACCAGUGGUGGCGCCACUUCGACUCCGGACGGCAAGGAUGCAAAUGAGAAGAAGAAGCCCCACAUAAAAAAGCCCCUAAACGCCUUUAUGCUCUACAUGAAGGAGAUGCGUGCCAAAGUGGUUGCCGAGUGUACGCUCAAAGAAUCGGCGGCCAUCAAUCAAAUUCUCGGACGAAGGUGGCACGCACUCGGACGGGAUGAGCAGGCGAAAUAUUAUGAGCUAGCGCGACGCGAGAGACAGUUGCACAUGCAAAUGUAUCCGGACUGGAGUUCGCGGACCAAUUCUUCGCGCGGGAAGAAGAGGAAGCGCAAAGAUGCCACUGACGGAGGCAACAACAUGAAGAAAUGCCGUGCCCGCUUUGGAUUAGAUCAACAAAAUCAGUGGUGCAAACCGUGCAGGCGGAAGAAGAAGUGCAUAAAGUACAUGGAGACGGAGGGCGAGGAGAGCGCCGAUGUGGAUAAUACGAUGUCAGAUGACAAUUUGGGCAGCUGCGGGAGCGUCGAGGACGCCAAGACGCCCGACGAUGACACCGAGUCGCUGUCUCUCUCAUCCCCGGGCUGCCUAUCGGGCUUGUCGAGCUUACAGAGCCCAUCGGCGAGUCUCGCAUCUCCGCUCACCCUCAUCGCCAGCCCCGGACCACGCAAUGGGUCACCGCGUGAAGAGGCGCGCCCCCUGCGGAGUCCAGUUGGUGCAAAUCCGCGUGACGCCAAUAACCCCCUGAGCGUCAAUCAGCUCACGAAGCGCGACUUUGGGGCCAAAUAUGACUAUACGUAUGGCUAUAGUUCACUCGGUCCACCCCAAUUUGCUGGCAUUCUGGCUGCCGGAGGUGCCCCUGAGACGCGCCAUCGUGAUGCCCCUGACGAAGGUGCCAUCAGUGUGACGUAGCAGUUACACAAACCAUUAAGAAAAAACAAUUUUUAAGUGAAAUGAAAUGAAAAAAAAUAAAACUUACACAGGGAGAUUCAUGAGCUCCACACACACACACAGUAAUACUUUUACGCACCUCCUAUAGCAACUCUUCCCACUAGUAUAGGGAGCUUUUUUUGUUAGAAAAAAAAGUAGUGGGGAGGGUGUUUGCGUAGGAGGUGGCAAAAGUACUCAAAAAGAAAGAAAA